AUGGCCCCAAAGAACCGUUCCCAUACACCUCGACUUUCCGGUCCAGCUGAACCAACUUCGCCAAUCCUUUCUCAGCAUUCCACCACUACAUUCCUUUCAGAUCCUUCCAACCAUCAUCGUCACAGUCGUCGUGGCUCUCGGGACAGCCUUCGCAACAUAUCUUCAGCUCAGUUGCCUACUCCCGACACGCUUGCCUCGACGCGGUCGCCUAUAGCACCCGACUCCCCCCAUUCUACUCUCGAAAGUUCUAACUCUCGUCGUGAAAGUGUUUCGACCAUGAGGACUUCGUCGAUUUCCCUCGACGGGCCUCCUGCCUGCACGCCCACAGGCCGUGUCAGCAAGGCGAAGAAGGGCAAGAGAGUCCAUGCUUGUGAAUUCCCUGGAUGUGGAAAGGUCUUCACAAGAGCAGAGCACAGAAGGCGGCAUGAACUCAAUCAUAACCCUGAGGCGUUGUUUCCUUGCACUCGUCCUGGGUGCAGGAAAGCAUUUCAUCGUCUUGACCUUCUGCAACGACAUCAAGAGAGACAUGAUCUCGAAAACUCUGCUCCCUCUCCAGGGCAAAUGAGCCAGACACCGCAGAUGUCAGUGUCCUCAGAACCGCCUUCUUCAGUCAUGCCUGCCGCAGUUAUGAGCAGUCCUCAAGCUGGCAGAAGUGCUCCGAGAACCUCUGCCGGCGCAUUGUCGAUUGGAUCCCUUGUUCACCCCCAAACAGACUAUCGCUACGGCAUGGGAACGCCAGCAUUCAAUGGAUUUGCCCGGCAACCCAUGCAAUUUAUUCCCGGUUUCAAUUCUUCUGAUGAUUCUUUGUUCUAUACCCCCGAGAGCAGCCAGUCUCCUGUUUCAGAUUAUUAUGGGCGAUAUGCUCACCGCCAAAGCAUCUCUUCCUCUUCUUCAGUUGCUGCCUUUGAGCCGAACGGAACCUCUCCUUUGAUCGGUGGAACCAUUCCAGGUCCAUGGGCUCCUUCUUCCGCCCCUCCUAGCAUUUUGCCAUCAAACAUGCUCGAUGAUGGCGCAUACCUUCCCACUCUUCCCUACCGAUACCCCUCUCCGACCUGGAUGGCUACGAAUGGUCUGUCAUUCGAGGAGAACUAUCAAAUUCCUCUGGACUUUUAUCAGGAGAUUCCCCAACCGGUGUAUCCGACACUAUAA